ACUAUCAAAGCUGAAGUUCUUUUCGAAAAGGCCGUGUUCUACACCCCCACCCUUUCACCAUCAUUCUUUUUGAGGAUCUUUCAUUGUCAAGCCGCCAAAGUGGAGAGUGUGAUUGCAGAGGGGGGUGCUUCUCGUUUCAGUGCUUCUUCGGGCGGAGGAGGAGGUAGGGGUGCAUCUCAGCACUAUCCCAAGUCUGUCGGCAACAGCGAGUUCCUGGGGAAAACCCCAGGGCUUAACGUUCAGAGAUGGGUUCCUUCACGAAGCACUAGACGAGAUGUCAACUCCUCCAACGAAAAAGAACGACACGAUGUAAUCUUCAGAAAAGUGAGAGGCAUACUGAAUAAACUGACCCCUGAGAAGUUUGACAAGCUAUGCCUUGAGCUCCUGAAUGUGGGCGUAGAUUCAAAGCACGUCCUCAAGGGAAUCAUCUUGCUGAUUGUAGACAAAGCCCUUGAAGAACAGAAGUAUAGCUCGCUAUAUGCUCAGCUAUGUCUGCGUUUGGCAGAAGAUGCUCCGAACUUUGAUGGCCCGUCAGCAGAGAUCCCGUUAUCACAAAAGCAGAGCACUACAUUCAGGAGACUUCUGAUUUCCAAACUGCAAGAUGAAUUUGAAAACCGUACCAGAAACGUUGACAUCUUUGAUAAAAAUGACACCCCACUCACCUCUGAGGAGGAGGAGCAGCGUGCCAUCGCCAAGAUCAAAAUGCUGGGCAACAUCAAAUUCAUUGGAGAGCUUGGCAAACUCGAUCUCAUUCACGAGUCUAUCCUUCAUAAAUGCAUCAAAACACUUCUGGAAAAGAAGAAAAGAGUCCAACUUAAGGAUAUCGGGGAGGAUUUGGAGUGCCUCUGUCAGAUAAUGAGAACCGUGGGGCCAAGACUGGACCACGAGAAAGCCAAGUCUUUAAUGGAUCAGUACUUCGGUCGUAUGCAAUCCUUAAUGAACAACAAGGAUUUGCCUGCUAGGAUACGGUUCCUACUUCAAGAUACCAUGGAGUUGCGGGAGAACAUCUGGGUGCCUCGGAAAGCUUUUAUCGAUAAUGGACCGAAGACCAUCAACCAGAUCCGGCAGGAUGCUGUAAAGGAUUUGGGUGUUUUUAUUCCACCAAUGAUUCAAGGAAUGAGGACAGAUUUCUUUCAAGAGGGCCAAUUUCUGCCAACAAGAAUUAAAUCUGACCGAGAGACUCUUGGGGGGCUGGCCGAUAUGUUUGGGCAGAUGCCAGGUAGUGGGAUUGGAACCGGCCCUGGGGUCAUUCAGGACAGGUAUUCCCCCACCAUGGGGCGCCGCACAAACCCUCUUUUCAACGGGCACGCUGGCCACAUGGCACCCGCUCCCCAGCCCUAUAUCAAAUCCAACCAGGGGCAGAAUCUGCUUUUCCAGAAUCAGACUCAUUUAACACAACAGCAAGCUCAGUCCAAGGACAUGGCACCACGGUUUAUUAAGAAAGGACAGCUCAAUGCUGAUGAGAUCAGCCUGAGACCAGCUCAGUCGUUUAUUUUGAACAAAAACUCAAUGCCAAAGCUGCAGCCACAGAUCCCCACAAUGAUCCCUCCCAGCGCUCAACCUCCACGUACAUCCACUCCACCACUGGGGCAGCCGCCUCAGCUUGGCUUGAAAACCAACCCGCCUCCAAUUCAAGAAAAGCCACAGAAGAUAAGCAAAAAGCCUCCUCCAGCUAAAGAGGAACUCCUUAAGAUGACUGAAACCGUUGUGACCACUUACCUGAGUAACAAGAACAUGAGCGAGGCAGUGAACGGGGUGAGGGACAUGAAAGCUCCUAAACACUUCCUACCGGAGAUGUUGAGCAAGAUGGUAACAUGCUCACUGGAGAGCCCAGAUGAGGACCGCGAACACGUCAGCACUCUGAUCAACACGCUCCGUGUGGAGGGACUGGUCACUGGGGAGAACUUCAUGCAGGCUUUCCUCAGCGUUCUGGACCAGUGUCCCAAGAUCGAACUGGAUGUUCCCUUGGUUAAGUCCUACCUGGCUCAGUUUGCUGCUCGCGCUAUCAUCGCUGAACUUGUGACCAUGGCAGAGCUGGCCCACCCGCUGGAAAAUGGCACCCACUUUCCUCUCUUCCUCCUGUGCUUGCAGCAAAUGGCCAAACUGAAAGAUCGGGAGUGGCUGACCGACCUGUUUCAGCAAAGCAAGGUCAACAUGCAGAAGAUGCUGCCAGAAAUUGAUCAAAAUAAAGAUCGCAUGCUGGAGAUUCUGGAGGGCAAAGGCCUGAGCUUUUUGUUUCCACUUAUGAAGCUGGAGAAGGAGCUGCUUAAACAGAUCAAAGCAGAUCCCGCCCCGCAAACCAUCUACAAGUGGAUCAAGGACAACAUUUCUCCCAAACUGCAUACUGACAAGGGUUUUGUUAACAUUCUGAUGACCAGCUUCUUUCAGUACAUUUUCAACGAGAUGUAUUUGAAUGCUGGAGAAGAGCAGUUAUCUUCUCCUUCUAAGGAGCAGCUCGACCAGGAGAAGAUUCUGCUACUUGCUUUCAAACCGGUGAUGCAGAAGUUCUUGCACGAUCACGUGGAGCUGCAGGUCAGCGCGCUGUAUGCGCUGCAGGUCCACUGUAACGUCCACGAGUUUCCUAAGGGAAUGUUAUUGCGCUACUUUGUCAACUUUUAUGAUAUGGAGAUAAUUGAAGAAGAGGCCUUCCUUGCAUGGAAAGAAGAUAUUACCCAGGAGUUUCCGGGGAAAGGAAAAGCAUUGUUCCAGGUGAACCAAUGGCUCACCUGGCUGGAGACCGCUGAGGAGGAGGAGUCUGAAGAGGAAGCUGACUGAAGAACCAGCCAAAGCCUUGACGCGCUCACCUCUUCAUCUCUUCCGUUGAGUUUCACUAAAUCUCGCCUGCGUUCUUAACCGCUGCGUUUCAUACCAUGCUGCUGUUAUGUUUAUGCGACGUAAUGCCAACGUUUUACUUUGGGGUCCUCUUUGGCCUCAUUAUUCCAAGCAUGUGAUGACUAGCAUCCGUUAAGUCCCACCCCAGGUGAAUGGUAUUAGCAGCUUAAAACUGCAUAUUUUUUUUAUAUGUAUUUUUCUUUUAAAACAUGUAUUUCAGCCUUUCUUGCUGCUGUUUCUUUUCAGCACAAAAAUGAUAGAAAUGCACUUUGCUCGGUGUCAUGAGUUGCAAUAUUUUCUUUUUGUUACAAAGAAUCCUCAAUUGUAAUCAUUGGUUAUGUAACGUUUUGUUUACCAUGGCUUUCGUUUAUACCUCACUGUAGUAGGCGUAGUGCGCUGCGUGUAAUUCAGUCCUUCAAACAAAAGAUCCGCAAGGUGCUCGAGUCUGAAACAACGGUUUACUUUUCAUUCGCUAUCUGUAAGAUCUCACACUCUUAAAUUCAUUUUUUUUCUGUCUCUUCAUGAUGAUGAACAAAGCCAUGUGGGAGAGAUGAAAUCAUGCGGCCUUUUCCCCCCUCAGUUUAUGAACGGUUCUCUUACCCGUCAUGACGAUACUUGAAUUUUGUGUUUUUGUUUUACAGCAUGUUCAGGGAUUACCAAAUAUCGCCUCUACAGACAACAAUUGGAUCCAUUUUUAACAACAUUUUUAAUUGAUAAAGUAGAAACGAUGUGGAAAAUUGGUAUGGAUGUUGAAGUUACCAAUCGCCGUUUUUGAACCUAACGUUCUGCUUGAUCAUAAUUCCUGUGAUGCGUGACGUGGAUAUUAUGAAUAUUUAUUGAAUCAUGAGGGGAAUCUUAAAGCUUUAUCAUUAUGUAGAUCAACAGACGGCGACUUUCUCAUCCUGUACAAUGAACUGCUAUUUAAAGUGUUACUGUAAGGCAGAAGAGCUCUGAAUGUUCAGUGUACUUUUUACUGUUGCUUUCAAUAAAGUUACACACCAGCAUUUA